ACUCCUGACACAUUGCCGCCUCUCUUUUCUCCCACGUACAAUUCUUCUCUUGCUCUACAAGAACCCCUCACUCGUCCAUUGUUUUGUUUCUUGUCAAGUGCCCAAUUCGCUAGCCUGACGACAUCGAGGUGCGAGCGCCGCCCAUCGUCAUGGUCCGUCUACGAGAAAUCCCACGCACAGCCGCUUUUGCUUGGUCGCCGGGCCCAACCCAGCCAUUGAUUGCCACCGGAACAAAAGCCGGUGCUGUAGACGCCGACUUUUCCAAUGAGACACAGCUGGAGCUCUGGGAACUUGGCUUGGACGACAGUGAGCAGGGCGUUGAGCUUAAGCCAGUCGCUACUGUAAGCGUAGAGUCACGAUUCAAUGACAUUGCAUGGAGUCAACCCAGCGAACAGUACCCGCGGGGAGUAAUAGCGGGCGCACUCGAUAGCGGGGUACUAGUGCUAUGGGAUGCAGAGAAGCUGCGGGCAGGUGAAGGUGAUGGAGCCGAGAUUGAACAGAUCGAGAAGCACACCGGGCCCAUCCAAGCGAUACAGUUCAACCCAUUCCGUCCCAACAUUCUUGCGUCCGCCGGCGCCAAAGGCGAACUUUUCAUCCACGAUAUCGACGAUGAAUCCAAGUCCUUCCGUCUGGGCAAGGCUGGAGCGAACCCCGACGAGUACACCACAUUAGACUGGAACAAGAAGGUUGCGCAUAUUCUUGCGACCGGAAGCAGCGGCGGUUUCGUUACCGUCUGGGACGUCAAGCUGAAGAAGGAGAACCUUACGCUCAACAACUACGGACGAAAGACUGUCAGCGCGGUUUCAUGGGACCCUAAUGUACCCACGAGGCUAGUUACUGCUAUUCCGACAGACCAGAACCCACUUGUACUAGUUUGGGAUCUCCGCAACACCAAUGCGCCUGAGAAGACACUGCAAGCUCACGACCAGGGUGUGCUCUCCCUUUCGUGGUGUGUGCAGGACAGCGACCUUCUUUUGUCUUGUGGCAAGGACAACAGGACAAUUGCUUGGAACCCGCACACUGGAGAGCUGUUGGGCGAAUUCCCAGUCGUUACUAACUGGACUUUCCAAACAAGAUUCAACCCUGCGAAUCCGAACCUCCUUGCAACCGCCUCCUUUGAUGGCAAGAUUGCAAUUCAGACCCUGCAAAACACCGGGCCUGCAGCAGAUCACAAGAAGGCGGCCACCCAAGCACCCGAAGGAGAGGACUUCUUUGCACAGACGCAUGCCGAGCCUCAGGGGGCAUCUUUCACGCUAAAAACACCCCCGAAAUGGUUGAAGAGGCGAGCGGGUGUGGCUUUUGGCUUUGGUGGCAAGCUUGUGCGAUUUGGCGUCGUUGAUAACAAGUUCAAGGUUUCGAUUUCAACUUUUGCAGUAGACUCGGACGUCAGCACCGCCAGCGAAGAGUUUGACAAGGCUUUGCAGAGUGGUGACCUGACAUCAAUCUGCGAGUCGAAGAUUUCAAAGGCGACAAACGACGAGGAAAAGGCCGACUGGACCGUAAUCGAGACUUUAAUCUCCGAGAAUCCUCGCAAUAAGCUCGUCGAGUAUCUUGGCUUUGCGGAUAAAAAAGAAGAGCCAGAAGAGGAAAAGAAGGAGGACAAGGCAAGCGGCGAAGCCGAUGCUGGCGCGGAUGAAGGUGCCUCGUUCUUCGAUAAUGCGACUGAUGAGGGUAACUUCCUUUCAGACCUCGCGGCGUCCAAGGGCGCAAAGACCAACAACCCCUUUCAAAUUUACAAUGGCACCGAGUCGGAGGCUGACACCAAGAUCACCCGCAGCCUCAUGUUGGGAGACUUUAAUGCCGCGUUGGACGUAUGCCUAAAGGAGGACCGCCUGUCAGAUGCUUUUAUGAUUGCCAUCUGCGGCGGCGAAAAAUGCAUUGCCAAGGCACAGGCGGCGUACUUCAAGAAGCAGUCAGACGCGCCAAACUACCUCCGCCUCCUCGCUUCCGUUGUUGGAAAGAACCUGUGGGAUUUCGUGUACAAUGCUGAUCUCAAAGACUGGAAAGAAGUCAUGGCUACUAUCUGCACGUUUGCUGAUCAAGCCGACUUCCCCGAUCUCUGUGAGGCGCUCGGUGAUCGUCUUGAGGAGGCCUUCACCGAAGGGAAUGCCUCAUAUCGCAAGGAUGCGUCUUUCUGCUACUUGGCUGGUUCCAAGCUUGAGAAGGUUGUUGUCAACUGGGCGCAAGAACUACAGGAGAACGAGAAGGCUGGUAUUGAGAAGACAGAGGGCGACAACAGCUUCUCGAUCCAUGCACGAUCACUGCAGGAGUUCAUCGAGAAGGUUACCGUUUUCCGCCAGGUGACAAACUUCAAGGACGCUGAACAGCAGAAGGAUGCCGACUGGAAACUUGAGCCUUUGUACGCCAAGUACGUCGAGUACGCCGAUAUUGCUUCUGCUCACGGGCAACUAUCAAUUGCCGAGAAGUACUUGGAUCUCCUUCCCGAGAAGUACCCAGCAGCAGAUGUUGCAAGAAACCGUGUCAAGCAAGCCACGAGGAAGGCUACAGCCCAACCAGCGGCUACUCAUAGACAGACUCAGUCUACCGCUAGUGGGCGACGCCAGGUUGUGGUCCCCUCGUAUGGUCAACCUGCGCAAGCAGCACCAGCACCGGUUCAACAGACGCCAUACGCUCCAGCCAACCCGCUUCAGACACAGCCGGGAGCUUCGCCUUAUGCCCCAGUCAACCCUCUAUCGCAGCAAGCUCAGGCUGCCGUGCGAUCACCGUACGCACCCGCAGGCGCCACAACUGGCAAUGCUUACACCCCAGCCGGUUACCAGCCUUCGCAGCCGUCCAUGUCUCAGCCAGGUUACGGCUUCAGCCAGGCCCCUCAGGCGAACCCAAUUGCACCGCCGCCACGAAACUUCUCCAACUCUCCUACUAUAAUACCGGCAGCCAACAGGGGCAGUAUUCCGGCAUGGAAUGACACACCAGACUUUGGCCCGCCAAAGCCAGCUUCGCGCCGCAGUACCCCCAUGAAUAAUGUAGUAGCCUCUCCAUUCCCGAACCAGCAACAGCCUCCCUCGGGUCCACCACAAGGGCCAUUCUCGCCUGGAGCAAGGUCAACACCACCUCCUCCAAAGGGCCCGCCUCAAGGUCCUCCUCGUAUGACAUCACCACCUUCUGGUCCUCCACAGGCGGGCACUCCAAACCAGUAUGCGCCUCCACCAGCAGCUAACACUUAUGCUCCACCGCAACCUGCCGGUUUUGCGCCACCUCCUCAAGCGCCCUUGCAGCGUGGAGCGUCACCAUAUGCACCUCCGACAGCUGCCGCACCACCCUCGAACCGUUACGCCCCUGCACCAGGCUCGCAGCCAUCGGCACCACCAGGACCAAUGGGUGGAAUGCCUCCGCCACGAAACAUUGCACCGCCACCAGGGCAAUUCACCCCGGCUGCGUCACCAUACGCACCGUCGCCGGUCCAGCAAAUGCCUGCAGCCGCAACUCCUCCACCGCCAAAGGGACCCCCACAAGGACCCCCACGAGCUGGACCUCCUAUGGGAGGCCCUCCUCAGGGCGGACCACCAAGACAAGAUUCUCGACCUGGAACUGGACAAUCCCAUGGAGCAGCUCCAACAGCAGCCAAGUAUCCUCCUGGCGAUCGAUCACACAUUCCCGAAACAUCUCGACCCGUCUAUGAGAUUCUCGAUGCAGAGCUUCAGCGCGUCAAGAGCAAAGCUCCUGCACAGUACCGGCAGCACGUUGCCGACACUGAGAAACGGCUGAAUAUUCUGUUUGACCAUCUUAACAACGAGGAUCUCCUAAAGCCAGACACGAUUCAGCAGAUGAACGAAUUGGCGUCCAACCUUCAGGCCAAACAGUUUGAUACCGCAGCGGCUAUCUUCUCAGACUUGAUGACCAACAAGACGGACGAGGGCAGCAACUGGAUGGUCGGUGUUAAGCGCUUGAUUCAGUUUAGCAAGUCGACUGCUUAGGGGGCUGAUGCUAUGGAGCCUGAGAGCGUCCCUGGAGGUUACUCUUUGUACACGUAGUACAAGAUGGAUUUUUGGGUUCCAGAGAGAUUUCUACGUAUUAGUACGGUGAAUGUGAUAAU